CAUUUCCCCACCCCACCAAAAUGAUGCUCAGCCCGGACCAAGCGGCGGAUUCCGAUCACCCCUCCUCGGCCCCCUCGGACCCGGAGUCCCUGGCGGGGACCGACGCCAAGGGGCUGCUGGGCUGCUGCGUCUCGGACCCGGAGCCGGUGGAGGAGGGCGGCGGGGAGGGCAAGGGGGGCGGCCGGGCGGCCCUGCACCCCCAGCAGCUGAGCCGCGAGGAGAAGCGGCGCCGGAGGAGGGCCACGGCCAAGUACCGCUCGGCCCACGCCACCCGCGAGCGGAUCCGGGUGGAAGCCUUCAACCUGGCCUUCGCCGAGCUGCGCAAGCUGCUGCCCACCCUGCCCCCGGACAAAAAACUCUCCAAGAUCGAGAUCCUGCGCCUGGCCAUCUGCUACAUCUCCUAUCUCAACCACGUGCUGGACGUGUAGGGGCUGGGCCGCGGCAGAGGGGGACCGCGGGAGCACGGCUGGCGGGGACGGAGGCGACGCGCGCUGCCGGGAGGUGAUACUGACAAGGGGAGACACUUGCAACAUAUUCCACCUGGGGAAGGGAGGGGCCCUCUGAGCCCUUCCUGGCGGCCCCGGGGGUGGAUCCGACUCUUUCGGGACAGCUUUGCGGGGUUCCCCAGAGUCCUUCGGGUCAGACAUUGCAGAUGCAUCUGCGUUUUCCAAGACAGCUGUAGGGCCUGAUAACCAGCCAAGAUCGUUCAUAUCAAUAGACCAACUCGCUGUCUCCUGCACGGCUAGUUUUCCUUUGGAAAUCACUCCAGACUUCGCAGGUAACAUUUCAUUGUCCUCCCUUUCUUACUGAAGGAGAGCUCAGAGCUGUGAUGGCUCUAGGGGACAAAAGCUCCGAAAUUAGAGACUUUUUUAUUUCUCCUCCCGGACAAUCGCACAGUGCCCUCCACAAAACGCAAGAGACCAGUUUGUUUUUCACACGAGAACUUCUACAAUUAGGCUCCAAUUCAGCAAAGCACUUAAGCACUUGCCAGGUCAAGGGGACUUUAAAACGGCCCUAAGUUCUGCAAGCUUAAGUGCUUUGCUGAAUGAGGACAUUAAAGACUCACAAGGUAAAAGGGAGCUAUAAAGAACAUAACAAGGGAAAGGGCAGAUGCAUUUCCAAAGUCUUCUGGGGGUAUAUAAAAAUAGACUGAAUAUUUUGCAAGGUUUUCUUUUUAAAAAUCUUUUCCCACCUAUACCACAAGGUGGAAGAGCAGUUUGGUGAUACACAUAUAGAAAGUCCAGUUUUAGAAGGAAAAUGUAAAAUCAGAUUGUUUUUCAGGUUGUCAAGUGCCCCUUUAUAUAUCCAAAAACAUCUACUUGUGACCUUAAACAUGUGACCCAUGGGUGCAGUUAAAAAUAACUAUUUUUUAUUUAUGUUAGAAGGAGUAGACUAUUUAUUUUUUUCAAGACCUAUUUAUUUUUCUGAGUGGUGACAAUUUUACUUUGGAUACUUUGUGCCAAUUGGUUUAUAUAGUCGAGUGUUUACACUUUCUCCUGUGGAAUAUUAUGUCUAACUUUUCAAGUGUUUGUUGGGAUCAAUUCAGUGGUUAUUUGUUUUUUGCUCCAGUUAUAUUGCACUUGUAUAUGACAACCUUCCCUUCCGCCCUGUUUCUAAGUAUAUUUUAUAUAUUAAGACAUUUGUUCUUGAAGGAUUUUUCUUUUUUGUGUGGGAUCAACACUAGCACUUCACUAGAGGUUGUUUUUUUUUUAAAAUACUUGUUGUUAUUCUGAACUAUAGUUAUGUCUGAAAAGUACUUUACAAACAGUUUAUAAGGGAAGUAGUUUUUUUGUCUGUGUGUGUGUGCGUGCGUGUGUGUGUGCGUGUGUAUGUAUGUGUGUGGUAUUUUUUUAGGAAAUGACUUUUUUCCUAAAAAAAAGAAAAGAAAAGAAAGAAAUAAAAAUAAAAAUAAAAAAAAAAUCCAGGACUACUUUCCUUUGUAACAACCAAAAAAAUUCUAUAACCUGAAUAUGUUUCAUGUUCUCUGCUGUGAAUCUCUCAAAACAAGGAGCGCGUUUUAGAGACAAAAAAAGAAAAAAGAAGUCUGCGAUCCAAAGAUUUUAAUCUUUUUCAGGGUUUUUUUGUGUGUCUCUGUUGCUUUAUAUAAUGCAAUAUUUUGUAGUGAAAAUAGAUAAAUCUGGUUUCUAUCUGAUGCGUUUUUCAUAUCUCUCAUGAAUGGUGCGCUGUUUUGCAUAUAAAUAAAAGUAUCAAAUAAAGCUGGUU